CUCACCCCCCCAUCCUCACAGCCUAAAGGAUAAUUUGCCAGAGAUGACAAUAAAAUCUGCAACUAAUAAUCCUCCACCUGACUCCACCUUCAGCAGAGCCACCUUCUCCCCGAGCUCCCCCGCAGACAAGCAGAUCCAGGUUCCAGCUCUCUUCAGCAGCCUUAGGGUCCUAAGGAAGGGGGUCACUGGACCAGAGCAUGACACCAUGGCCCACAUUAAGCCAUCUCCAGUGGGAGGACGAGGGGAAGAUUUCACAGAGAAGCAGAAGGACACCAAAGUUCCAGGGAGCAUCUUAGACCAGAUCUCUCAUUUUCUGAGUCAGGAAAAGAGAGGAGAUGAGAAGGAGGUGUUGGAGGCUGAGGGAGACCGGAAUGAAACAAGGGUGAAUGGAAGUGAAGAUAGCCAAGAGAGGGAGAAGAAAGAACCAGAAACAAAUAAAAAUACAGAGGUUUCAGAAUCAUGUGAACUUACAAAGCCUUCCAUGUCCAGUGCAGAGGCAGCUUUUGAUGCCUUCAAGGCCUUCUUCACACCAAAGCCUUUGAAAAAGGACCCAGGAGAUAAAGUUGGCCUGGAGGCACUGAGGAAGAAGAUAAGAAAUGAUAAAGAUGUACUUAAAACACUUUUUGAGAGAGCCUCAAGUAAGACUCCUGAGAAGGACCCACCUGAUGACAAAUCAGAGACAUCGAGCCCAGGAGAAGGAGAGGAACGAACUCCUGGUCGUCUACAAGCGGUGUGGCCACCUCUUAAGGAAGAAAAAGUUGGGCUGAAGUACACAGAAGCAGAGCACCAGGCUGCUCUCCUGCAGCUGAAGAGAGAAUGCAAAGAGGAGCUGGAGAAGUUAAAGGAGGACUAUGAUCAGGAACUCUCCAGACUGAGGUUGGAAAAGGAUGAAAAUGUUGCACGUCUGGAGUUCAGUCUUGCUGAGCUGCAGAACAAACUCUCCCAGGUUGGGACCCACUGUCAAGGGGAACAUAAAGAUAUGGCUGUGUCUACAGCAGAUGACUUUUUGCACAAAUCAUUUCGCACCGUCUGCAUUCAAACCGACCGGGAGACAUUUGUCAAAACUGCUCAGGAUGAAGAAGGUUCCGGGAGAACCUGUACAUGCUCUCAGCAGCAGAAGGUGGCCCCCAAAAAGUUGGACCUUGCAUCCAUCAGCAAGAUCGAAGGCACACUGUCCUCCUCCUCUUCACUUGUAACUCCUUGUAGCUCAAAACAACCACCAGCUCCUUCUCAGACAGCAUCACCAGCUAAAUCAGAUGUUUUUCCUUCUCCUCCUCCUCCUCCACCUCCACUACCUCCACCAUGAUUAUCACUCCCUCCACCUCCUCCAGCAUUAGGUCUUGGAGUUGAUAAACCUCCCAGAAAACCGGCAGUGGAGCCUUCCCGACCCAUGAAGCCUCUUUACUGGAACAGAAUCCAGAUCCAGGACAACAAUAACAACACAUUAUGGAAUAUUCUGGAAGAGCCAAACUUAAUUGAUGCCAGUGAGUUUGAAGAUCUCUUUGCUAAAACCACCACACAGACAAAGAGGAAACCUCUGUCAGAGACUUAUGAGAAAAAAGCAAAGCCUAAGAAGAUCAUUAAACUGUUGGAUGGUAAACGCUCUCAGGCUGUGGGCAUCCUCAUAUCAAGCCUCCACCUUGAGAUGAAAGAUAUUCAGCAAGCUGUACUGACAGUGGAUCACUCUGUGGUGGACCUGGAGACCAUUGAAGCGCUGUAUGAAAAUAGAGGACUGCCGGAGGAGCUGGAGAGGAUCAGGAAACACUACGAGACGUCAGAAGAAGAGGAUGUUAAGCUGCUGGACAAACCUGAGCAGUUCCUGUAUGAACUAUCUCAGAUUCCAGACUUCGCAGGGAGAGCUCGCUGUGUCAUCUUCCAGUCGGCCUUCAUCGAUGGGAUCGCCUCGAUUCAACGCAAGCUCAACACUGUCUUCCAUGUCUGUAAGGCUCUGCUGGAGAGCGACAGUGUCAGGAAGGUGAUGGGACUGGUGUUGGCUCUUGGGAACCACAUGAAUGGAGGAAGCAGGAUUAGAGGCCAGGCUGACGGCUUUGGCCUGGAAAUCCUUCCAAAACUCAAAGAUGUAAAGAGCAGGGACAAUCGCAUCAGCCUGGUGGAUUACGUGGUGUCAUAUUACUUGCACAAUGUGGACAAGAAUGCAGGCACGGAGAAGAGUAUGUUCCCUCUUCCUGAACCGCAGGACAUCUUCCUGGCAGCGCAGGUCAAGUUUGUUGACCUCGACAGAGAUCUGAGACAUCUUGGACGAGAUCUGACAAGGUGCGAGAAAGACGUACAGAAGGUUUGCUCUGACUCUCCUGAAGAAUACCUGCAGCCAUUUAAAGACAAGAUGGAGGCUUUUGUGCUCAGUGCACGAAAAGAGCACGCUGAAGCUUCUUAUCAGAUGAUGACUGUACGAAAAAGUUUCGAGGACUUGAUCCUGUACUUUGGACUAAAGCCUAAGACGGGGGAGACGGAGGUGACAGCUGGCUAUUUCUUCAUGUUCUGGUUUGAGUUUUCUGCCGACUUCAAGACCAGGUGGAAAAGGGAGAACAAGAAUAUCUCUAAAGAGAGGUUAAAAGAGGCUCAGCAGUCAGUGAAGAGGAUUACCGGAGAGAAGAAGGUGGAGACGAGAAAGACCAACCCCAGCAGCCUGAAAGAGCGACUGCGUCAAAAAGAAGCCAGCAUAUCUUCAACUUAAAGAAACCAAAAAAAAUUGUUCCAAUCCAAAUCAUUCUAACCACCGGAUAAUGUCCUCACAAAGCUGGAUCCAACAGGAUGUGAGCAAGGGUACCAAACAUGCAUGGUCCUUGAAAAAUGUAGUUUAUUUAUUUACUUGUAUUUACUUGUAUUUGUUAAGUGGAAGAUUUAUAUUAUAACCAUAUUAUAACUUGUAAUCUAACAUAUAUUUAAGUUUUAAAUAUUAAAAAAAAUCUUCUGUGCAAUAUAUAGACAUAAGUAAUAGCUUCAACUGUGUAUAGACAGAUACAUUUUUGCAUCAAAUCUAAAAUGUAAAACCAAAUCUUUUACAAUAUUUUUCCACAAAUAAAAUCAUUGC